AAAGCAGGAGCUUCAUUGCAGGUCCGUUAAUGUAAGAUGAAUAAGUAUCUGGCUGCAUUGGGCCUGCUGCUCUACCCGCUGGGUUCACUGCACGGCGCCAGUCUGAUUAUUCAUUCCUGCAAUGAGUCUGACGUUUCAAUAGCGCUCUCGCAAAUUAUCAACGGCCUAAGACCACUCUUUUUGACCAUAUUGGCUCUUCCCAGCUCGACUUUAACCGACGAGAGUUGUUGGAAAUAUCGCGGCAAUUACAUGGAUGAUUUUCUACAGCGUCUUCAUCGCCUCUACUAUGUGUCAGUCAUAUUUAGUGACACGGAGCUUUUUUUACAGCACAUAGACGCCAAUCUUCAAACAGAAAAUGAGUGCGUUAGCCUGAUUCUAUACGAGCCAAAUGAGCUUUUAGAUAGAAUCCACGAACGCCGCCUAGCCCAUCGACUCAGUCUGUUCAUCUUCUAUUGGGGAGCACGUUUGCCGCCCAGGGCGAGCACUAUAAGCUUUAGGGAGCCGCUGCGGACGGUUGUGGUAACCCGACCCCGCCCCAAAGCUUUCCGCAUCUACUACAACCAGGCCCGACCACACAACGUCAGUCAGCUGCAGCUGGUAAACUGGUACGAUGGCGAUAACCUUGGUCUUCAGAGGAGCCCUCUCCUACCGACCGCAGCAUCCGUAUAUGCCAACUUUGAGGGUCGCGUGUUCCGGGUACCGGUGUUUCAUUCUCCGCCGUGGUUUUGGGUCAUUUAUAGCAACGAGGAGGAUGAGGGCCCCAAGGUCCUUGACGGCACAGAGUAUAAGGAGUUGCUAGUCACGGGUGGACGCGAUCACCGCCUGCUCAUGCUACUGGCCCAGCACAUGAACUUUCGGUUCAAGUACAUCGAAGCCCCUGGACGAACACAGGGAUCAAUGAGAUCUGAUGAUGAUCGGGACUCGAACGACAGUUUUACCGGUGGCAUAGGAUUACUGCAAAGUGGACAAGCUGAUUUUUUUUUGGGGGACGUCGGUCUUAGCUGGGAGCGUCGUAAGGCCAUCGAGUUCUCAUUCUUCACAUUGGCCGAUUCAGGAGCCUUUGCCACACAUGCCCCCAGGCGCCUUAACGAAGCCUUAGCCAUUAUGCGCCCAUUCAAGCAAGACAUCUGGCCAUAUUUGAUUCUCACGGUCCUAUUUUCUGGCCCUAUUUUUUACGGCAUUAUAGCCAUGCCCUAUAUUUGGCGUCGACGCCCAACCAGCCUAGACAUCGAGCACUUUGGGGAAAUGUAUAUCUACAUGGACUACAUAAAGGAGAUUACCCCAUGCCUAUUGAAUGCCAAGCACAGAAGGGUUCUGUCUGAAAAACAGAUGCCCAACCAACUGUUUGAGAAGUGCAUCUGGUUUGCUUUACGUCUGUUCUUAAAACAAUCAUGCCAUGAACUAUAUCACGGCUACCGUGCCAAGUUUCUGACCAUUGUGUACUGGAUAGCAGCGACCUACGUUUUGGCCGAUGUGUAUUCGGCCCAGCUGACCAGCCAGUUUGCACGUCCUGCCCGCGAGCCCCCGAUUAACACACUUCAGAACCUUCAGGCAGCCAUGGUACGUGAUGGAUACCGCCUUUAUGUGGAGAAGGAAAGCAGCUCUUUAGAGAUGCUGGAAAAUGGGACGGAAAUCUUCCGUCAGCUUUACGCACUGAUGCAACGAGAGCAGCACGAUGACCGCCUGGAUUUUCUCAUUGACUCGGUGGAAGCUGGCAUACAACUGAUCGCUGAUGGAGGAGAGGACAAGGCGGUGCUGGGAGGGCGGGAAACACUUUACUUUAACAUUCAGCAAUAUGGAGCCAAAUACUUUCAGCUCAGUCAAAAGCUCUACACUCGGUAUUCGGCGGUAGCCGUGCAGAUCGGUUGCCCGUUCCUGGACAGCUUGAACAAUGUCCUCAUGAACUUGUUCGAGGGAGGAAUCCUAGAGAAGAUGACCACUGCCGAGUACGCUACACAGUCCCGCAAGAUGUCCAAGGAAGACGCCCGGCAAUAUAAAGUGUUGGCGGUAACGAAGAGCGGUAAGGCCAGCGGUAACGGGAAAAUCAGCGAGUUCCAGAUCCAAACGCAGAUCCACGAUAGCGACGUUAUCAGACCGCUAAGCCUGAGCAUGCUACAAGGCGCUUUUAUUGCACUAGGAGUAGGCGGACUGGCCGCAGGUACUUUUCUGCUGUUAGAGCUACUCUUUUGUCAACUUACUCUUGGUCAGAAGUGUUUAUGGCUCCGUUGGCGCCGCCCCUGGAUAUCCCUUCAGCGAAUUGGGCAUUUCCGGACCAAGUGAAUGUUUCUUCCUUAUUUUGGUUAUGGUUUAUAAUUUUUUCAAUGGUGUUUGUUUUUUAA